AAGUGUGAACACAGAACAACACAAAAUCAUACUGAGAGUCCCUUCUUGGCAAAAAUCGUGAGAAUAACCUUCACUGGUAAGCAAAUUUUCGUGCCUACCAAACCUGUACCAAUCUUAUUAAAUCCAAAUCUUCUCGAGAAAAGAAAACUUUUCUCGCCUCUAACCUUUUUUCCUGAGCACUAAAAGAGAAAGAGAGAAACUAGAGACUAGAGAGAGAAACUAAUAUUUUACUAUGUAGAGGAUACGGGGAGAGAGAGGAGGUACAGAACAGAAGAUUAGAAAGAAGUGAAAGCAUGCUUUGUCGGCCAUUAGAGCUUCAAUGAAGAGCUCUCACCCAUCCCUUUGAUUCACCUAAAGAUACCUCACCAUCAUUGCCAUUCAAGACCGUGGGAUUUGUGUUCUUUUGCUUUGCUUUCCCAGAAAAACUUUCCCACAUACCAAACGCCAAAAAGGAUCUCUGAUUCAUUGCAUUUGAUUUCAUUCUUUUUUGUGGUUCAAAAGGCUUGUCCCUCAAAAAGGGUUUGAUUUUUUUUUUUCUUCUUCACAAAUCCUGCAUGAAUAUUGAAAGAUCCCAUCAUUCUUGGAAAAAGUUGGACCUGGGUUUUGUAUAUAUCGUCUUUCUAAUUCAUGAAAUUCCAUGGUUUUUGCUUUUGUCAUCAUCUCAAGGAAUCACAUGAAUGGUAGUGGAUUUUGCUGUUUUGGGUGUCUUUUUGUUGUGGGAGUGAUUAGAGUGAAGGACUCAGAGGUAUGUUAAAGCCUUGCUCUUUGUUGGGUUUUUGUAUUGUGUUACUGAAUUUCCUUCAAAUGGUUGAUUAAUCACUGUUUUGCAUUGAUCGUUUCUGUGAUACCCAUAAGUUCUGUUGGAAUUUCUGAAUUAUUGGGUUAUUUGAAUUGUUGAUUCAUCACUCCUUUGUGUGUGUGUUUGAAUUCCUUGGACCAUUAUAGCUGAAUUUUUGGGUUCUUUGAAAUGCUAGAUUCAUAACUCUUUUGUGCUGGUAUUUGACUAGAACAAAUACCCUUAGGCUGUUUGGUCAAAUGACUAGCUGCAUGGGUUCGUUUCAGAAAUACCGAUUUGGAUUUCUGAACUCUUAAUUCUUUAGGUUCCUACAAAUCAUUGAAUCAUCACACCCUACUGUCCCUAGUUAUGCAUUGGCCUUCUCAGGUGAUUGAAUUUUCAGGUUCAUUUUGGAAAUUUUAACCCGAUAUUGGAAUUAUGGAGUGCUUUGUCUUAGCCGGUGAAUGCUGGGGCCUUAAUUUGAUUUUUGACAUAGUAAUCUGAGUUGCUUAUACUUGUCAGUUUAUAGUGUAAUUUUGAUUUACUUGAGGCUCAUUAGGAUGCCUGGGGUUUUUGAAACAAGGAGAGUUUUUGUGAUGGGGUUUAUGGGGAUUUUAGUUGUUGCUGCUCUAAUGGUUUGCACUUCAGAGGGGUUAAAUUCGGAGGGGCUAUACCUUCUGGGGUUGAAGCGAAGCAUUCAAGAUAACUUUAACAAUCUGGGUAAUUGGAAUUCCAGUGAUCAGACACCAUGUGGAUGGAAGGGUGUGAAUUGCGCAUCCGGUUAUGAUCCGGUGGUGUCAUCUCUCAAUAUAAGUUCCAUGAAUCUUUCGGGGAUCUUAAGCCCUAGUAUUGGUGGUUUGGUCUACCUAACUUAUCUCAACAUUUCUUACAAUGGGUUUACUGGAAUUAUUCCCAAAGAGAUUGGGAACUGUUUGAAAUUGGAAAGACUUUAUUUGAACAAUAACAAGUUUGAUGGGCGAAUUCCUGCCGAAGUGGGUAAUAUGUCCUGUUUAACAGAGUUGAAUUUGUGCAAUAACAAGAUCUCUGGUCCCAUUCCAGAGGAGCUUGGAAAGAUUUCUUCACUGAUUGAAUUUGUGGCAUACACGAACAACCUAACGGGUUCAUUGCCUCGUUCUAUUGGGAAUCUCAAGAGUUUGACAACAUUUCGAGCAGGGCAGAAUUCAAUUUCCGGAAGCUUACCCACAGAAAUAGGUGGUUGUGAGAGGUUGGAAUAUCUUGGUCUGGCCCAAAAUAAUUUAGGAGGGAAUAUACCCAACGAGCUUGGUUUGCUUGGCAGCUUAAGAGAGCUAAUCCUUUGGGACAAUCAGUUGUCUGGUUUCAUCCCGAAGGAGCUUGGAAAUUGUACGAAUCUCCAGACUCUUGCUUUAUACCAGAACAACCUUGGAGGAGGAAUUCCUGUGGAGAUUGGGAGCCUCAAGUUUCUAAAGAAGUUGUACCUGUACAGGAAUGAAUUGAAUGGAACAAUUCCAAGAGAGAUUGGGAAUCUUUCUUUAGCUACAGAAAUUGAUUUCUCUGAGAAUUAUUUGACGGGAGAGAUUCCAACUGAGUUUAGUCAAAUAAAGGGUCUAAAGUUACUCUAUCUUUUCCAGAACAAGCUUAAAGGUGUUAUACCAAGCGAGUUUAGUGGGUUGAAGAACUUGACAAAGCUUGACCUCUCAAUCAAUUACCUCACAGGAGCUAUUCCAUUUGAAUUUCAGUAUCUACCUGAAAUGCUCCAGUUACAGCUUUUCGACAAUUCUCUGAGUGGUAGUAUUCCUCAAGGGCUCGGUUUAUACAGUAAACUGUGGGUGGUUGACUUUUCAGACAACAACCUAACAGGAAGCAUUCCUCCUCAUGUUUGUCAGCAUUCUAACUUGAUUUUUCUGAAUCUGGAGUCUAAUAAAUUGUUUGGAAAUAUUCCAACUGGGGUCAAAAACUGCCAAACAUUGGUGCAACUUCGUCUUAAUGGAAACAGGCUAACUGGGAGUUUCCCUACUGAGUUGUGCAAAUUGGUGAACCUUUCUGCUCUGGAACUGGGCCAAAACGAGUUCAUUGGUCCUAUUCCUCCGGAAAUUGGGUAUUGCCAAAAGUUGCAGAGGCUUGAUCUGUCAAACAAUUACUUUGCAUCUGAAUUGCCAAGGGAGAUUGGAAAUCUUUCGCAGUUGGUCACUUUUAAUAUGUCAUCAAAUUCGCUCACUGGACAGGUUCCCCCUGAAAUUCUUAACUGCAAGAUGCUUCAACGACUUGAUCUUAGCCAGAACAGUUUUGUAGACUCUAUACCAGAUGAGCUUGGUACCCUUUCACAGUUGGAGCUUCUGAUGCUUUCGGAAAAUAAUUUUUCUGGAAAUAUACCAUUGGCAUUGGGCAAUCUAUCUCAUCUGACUGAGUUGCAGAUGGGUGGCAACUCAUUUUCUGGUGAAAUUCCAUCUGAGUUGGGUGCUCUUACAAGCUUGCAGAUUGCGAUGAAUCUUAGUAAUAAUAAUCUUUCUGGCAGCAUUCCUCCUCAGUUGGGGAAUCUUAUUUUACUUGAAUUCCUCCUGCUCAACAACAAUCAUUUGAGUGGUGAAAUUCCAAGCACUUUUGAAAAUCUGUCAAGCUUGUUGGGUUGCAACUUCUCACAUAAUGAUCUUUCUGGACCUCUACCCUCGAUACCUUUGUUUCAGAACAUGGCCAUCAGCAGCUUUAUUGGAAACAAAGGGCUAUGUGGCAGGCCUCUGGGUGAUUGCAGUGGAACUUCAUCUUUUAGUCCGGAUCCACCUUUGAAAGGUGUUGAUGAACCUCGGGGUAAAAUCAUCACAAUAGUCGCAGCUGCUGUGGGUGGAGUUUCUCUUAUUCUGAUUGGAGUUAUUUUAUAUUUCAUGAGGCGUCCAGUUGAGAUUGUUGCCUCCUUGCAAGAUGAGGAGAUAUUGUCUUCAGUUUCGGAUAUCUAUUUUCGUCCUAAGGAGGGUUUCACUUUUGAAGAUCUGGUUGAGGCGACAAACAAUUUUCAUGACAGCUAUGUUGUUGGAAAAGGUGCUGUUGGGACAGUUUACAAGGCAGUUAUGCAUUCUGGACACACUAUUGCUGUUAAGAAGCUAGCAUCUAACAGAGAGGGGAACAACAUUGAAAGCAGUUUUCGAGCUGAGAUUUUAACCAUGGGAAAGAUUAGGCAUCGCAACAUUGUGAAGCUUUAUGGCUUUUGCUAUCACCAGGGCUCCAAUCUGCUACUUUAUGAGUACAUGCCAAGGGGUAGCUUAGGUGAAUUGCUUCAUGGGUCAUCUUGUAGCUUGGAGUGGCCAAAACGCUUUACGAUUGCUCUUGGAGCUGCUCAGGGCCUUGUUUAUCUACAUCACGACUGUAAGCCAAGGAUCAUUCACCGUGAUAUCAAGUCUAACAAUAUUCUACUUGAUGAAAACUUUGAAGCUCAUGUUGGUGAUUUUGGUUUGGCAAAGGUGAUUGACAUGCCUCAAUCAAAGUCAAUGUCUGCAGUUGCAGGAUCAUAUGGAUACAUAGCCCCUGAAUAUGCAUACACUAUGAAGGUUACAGAAAAAUGUGACAUUUAUAGCUAUGGGGUUGUUCUGUUGGAGUUGCUAACUGGAAGAACUCCCGUGCAGCCAGUAGAUCUUGGAGGUGAUCUUGUCACGUGGGUGAAGAAUUAUGUUCGAGAGCAUUCACUGACGUCUGGGAUAUUUGACAGCCGAUUAAAUCUAAAUGAUGAGAGUAUUAUCAAUCACAUGAUUGCUGUGUUAAAAAUUGCUCUAAUGUGCACGAGUAUGUCUCCUUUUGAUCGGCCAUCAAUGCGAGCAGUUGUGCUGAUGCUGAUCGAGUCAAAGGAGCUAGAAAGGAAUUUUAUUUCAUCUCCAGUUUAUGAUCUUCCUCUGAAAAAAGAUGAUGCCUUGUGAAUGUAUGUAACAGUUUCUUUCAUUAACUGGGAUGAUUUCUUACUGCUGAUUCUUCCUUGUAACUUUACUAUAAUUUGAAAUGAUAAAUAUCUUCAUGUGCA